AUGCGCGUGCGCUCGAGCGAUGGCGCGUGCACAUCGCGCUCGAAAUACGCUCGAGCGACGGUGAAGACGAACGCCGAGCGCGCGCGUGGACGCACGUGGGACUUGACGUUCAUUCCGAACACGAGACGGAAGAUGUCCAGGAGACAAAAGGAAAACUAUCGCGAGUUAUUCGACGCACACGGGAUUCGAUUCGACGCCAGGCCGAGAACUAUGCGUGGGAGUGGGGAUGAUGGGUCUACGAGCGACGAAGCGUCGAGAAUGAAGCGGUACGAGACGUUGGAUUGGGACAGGGCGUUUCCUGGCGGCGGCGGCGGCGGCGGAGAGCCGCGGCGGCGCGUGUUGGAGCUCGGAUGCGGUUUAGGGGAUAAUCUCAUCGCCGCUGCGAUCGAAUUCGAAACAUACGUGUUUUUGGGCGUCGAAGUACACAGACCGGGCGUGGCAACCGCUCUGGGGGAGAUCGAGGCGAGAGGACUGACGAACGCGAAGGUGUGCGAGAUGGACGCGCUCUGGCUCAUGACCGGAGAGUACGUGGAGGAUGCGUCGAUAGACGAGUGUCUGGUGCACUUUCCCGAUCCAUGGCGCGACGAGAGUGGUCUCGAUAGGAAAGCGCAUCGAAGAAUAGUGAACGAGACGCUUUUGACGUCGCUCGAGCGCACGCUGCGACCGGGCACGGGUCGACUGAGCGUCGCCACAGACGACGAUCAGUACGCGCGUCAUCUCGAAAGGGUGUUCGAGCAGUUCGCCCGCCCGAGAGGAUGGGUACGAUGCGACCCAUUCGCGAGAUUUGAUUCAAAGUACGCCUCGCGAGCGCUCGAAGAGGGUCGGUCCUGUGUCGACGUUGGUUUUCGAUUCCAUCCACCGAGCGUCGACGUCGCGUGA